AUGGGUGGGUGCUUUCCUUGUUUUGGAUCAUCCAACAAGGAGGGUAGUGGUGUAAAGGAAGUGACCAAGAAGGACUCAGUUAAAGAAGGCUCAGCUGCUCAGUCUCACCAUGUUACAAGAGUUAGCUCAGACAAAAAAUCUCGAAAUGGUUCUGAUCAUAAGAAAGAACCAGCUAUUCCAAAAGAUGGACCUACGGCACACAUUGCUGCACAGACAUUUACUUUCCGGGAGCUCGCAGCUGCAACAAAGAAUUUUAGGCCAGAAUGUUUAUUGGGCGAAGGUGGUUUUGGACGUGUCUACAAAGGUCGAUUGGAGAGUACAGGACAGGUAGUCGCCGUGAAACAACUUGACAGGAAUGGCCUUCAAGGAAAUCGAGAAUUUUUGGUGGAGGUUCUUAUGCUUAGCCUUCUGCACCACCCAAACCUUGUCAACUUGAUUGGCUAUUGUGCUGAUGGGGAUCAACGCCUCCUUGUUUAUGAGUUUAUGCCUUUGGGAUCCUUGGAAGAUCAUUUACACGAUUUUCCGUCGGACAAGGAACCCCUGGACUGGAAUACAAGAAUGAAGAUUGCAGCUGGUGCAGCUAAGGGGUUGGAGUAUUUGCAUGAUAAAGCAAACCCUCCCGUCAUAUACAGAGACUUGAAAUCAUCCAACAUCCUUCUUGAUGAGGGCUUUCACCCGAAGUUAUCUGAUUUUGGGCUUGCAAAACUAGGUCCUGUUGGUGACAAGACACAUGUCUCCACGCGUGUGAUGGGGACAUAUGGCUACUGUGCUCCAGAAUAUGCUAUGACUGGCCAACUCACUUUGAAGUCUGAUGUCUACAGUUUUGGAGUGGUCUUCCUCGAACUUAUUACAGGGAGAAAAGCCAUUGAUAAUACUAGAGGUCAUGGAGAGCAUAAUCUUGUUGCAUGGGCACGGCCACUUUUCAAGGAUCGGAGGAAGUUCCCAAAAAUGGCUGAUCCACUAUUGCAAGGCCGUUACCCAAUGCGAGGGCUUUACCAAGCUCUUGCUGUUGCAGCCAUGUGUUUGCAGGAACAAGCGGCUACAAGGCCUCUAAUAGGGGAUGUUGUGACGGCUCUCACAUACUUAGCCUCUCAAACAUAUGAUCCGAACUCAGCCAGUGGUCAUAGUAACAGAGUUGGUCCAUCUACUCCUAGGCACAAGGACGAACGAAGGAACAUGGCAGAUGGACUGGAUAGCCCAGAUGAACCUGGACGUGGUGGGCGGCAUGGUUCCCCUUCUACGCAUAAAAACUCACCUGAUUACAGAAGGAGAGAUACUGGCGUAGAAUUAGGGAGGAUUGAAACUGGCACAGGGUCUGGGAGAAGGUGGGGUUUAGAUGGGUUAGAGCGACAAGAGUCUCAGAGAGACAGUCCAGUGAGUGCUGGGAGAGCAAGGGAAAAUCCAAGAAAUCGUGAUCUAGAUAGAGAACGUGCAGUGGCUGAGGCAAAGGUUUGGGGUGAAAAUUGGAGAGAAAAGAAGCGAGCAAAUGCAAUGGGUAGCUUUGAUGGUACAAAUGAGUAA